UUCUCCGGUGAACCAACGGUAUCCAGUGCGUGAUGUCUCGAACCAGUGGCGGCCGCCGGGAGGGGAGGGGUAGGUCCAGGCAGCCAUUGACGCCUCCGACUCCGCCGUCGUCUGGUCUACACAGAGUGGCUGCGGGGUCCCGGUCACACAAACGGGGGGGCUCCCGUUCGCCGUAUUCGACGGCUGUGGGGGGUGUCGACAGGUCUAUUUCUGGGAUAGCAGAUAGGGUUGCUGCAAGGCAUCAGGCGGCGCACCGGCCGGAUGGGGCAGAGUCGUGUCACUCUCUCUUGUGCGGUCACCGUCGUUGAAGUGCUUUAUCUCCCAACGGCUGCGACAUCAGCGAUGGCUAGGUGCAAUGGCGAGGGGUGCGUCCGGCCAUGCAUUCGCGCCACCGACAACAGCCUCUGCCGGUUCUCACAGGGUGCAGUCGGCGUCUCGGUCGUUCAAGCGUCGGGCUGGUCGUCGUCCCCCGCCCUCCACGACAGGGUGCAUCUGACCGGGCUGCGGGGAGUAGCUUCCAGGGUCUCCGCAAGGCGGUGGGCACAGCGAGGAAGUGAUGCUCAACAGUCGGUGGUAUUAAGAGAUGAGGAGAGUGAUACAGAUGAGGAUUAGCACACCCCAACACGUGAUCCCGAAGAGCUGAAGAUUGAGGAACCAAUGCGUGGUGAGCCGCCGAGGGAGGCCAAGGGAAGUUGUACGCCUCGUGGCCUCACUUACGCCACAACAGGGGCAAGGUGUUUGUUCUAUUGGCAUGGGGGCAUCUUGGGAUCCAGGUUUCAUGCACAACAUCCUUCUGAGUGCGGUGAAUGGCCACAUGCAGUGUAUUGUCACACGUGUUGAGGAUCAGCAGAACAGUAAUUUAGACUCCUAGUCUACCGGAUGGGCACUGCAAAACUGAUGAAGUAAUGUCUUUUUAUUUGUUUCUCGACACAGAAGUAGGUUUCUACUAUGCUUAUUUAGAAGGUCCCGAGGUAGUGAUUUGUGGAUAUUAGUUAUUACAAAGUAGCGGGGACUCUAUGGUUUGCACAAAUGAUGUGGGCCUAUGAUAAUUUUACCAUAGUAGAUAUUAGGUAUUAUAAAGCAGGAGGAGUCUGUGGUCUGUUUUGGUAACUUGUGCAGUAGUGCAAUCCAUUUUUUUGGUAA